AUUUUAAGCCUGACUGGUUUUCCGUCGGUUGACGCCGAUUUCUGCCAGUUGCGUCUUCUGUAAAUUAUUGAACCGCUGAAAAAGUGUUCACCUGUAUCAUAUAUAUUGUGGAGGGAAGCAAGGCUGCCGAGAAUAACCCAAGUCCCUCGCAGAGCAGGGGCCUACUUGUUAAGUGACGGUAACUUCCGGUAUGACGUCACGUUAGCUUCAACAGCAGGCCUGGAAUAUUGAACGCCAAUCACGAAUCACUGUGAUAUUCCUUAACUAACGUCUGUGAUAUUCCUUAACUAACGUCUGUGAUAAUAUACAGUAAGGAACAAUGGAAUCUUCACCGGCCACGGAACGAAACUCGUCUCGUCUGCAAAACAACGACAAGUCUUACGAACCCGUUACGGAAACAAACGACGAGGUCGACGAUCGGGUUACGGAAUCUAACGAGGAACAUUCGGACGAGUCACAAGAGAAGCUGCUCAAUGAUUUCGACCUGGACUCCAUCGCCCCGGAUGGCGGAUGGGGCUGGAUGGUGUGCUUCGCCUCGUUCCUCAUCAACGUGAUCGUGGACGGGACGUUCUUCUCGUUCGGGAUUCUCCUCAUCGACCUGCUCGACUUUUUCCACGAGACCCGAGCGAAAACUGCCUGGGUGGGAUCCACCCUCCUCGGGAUGAGCAUGAUCAUGGGGCCCGUGGUGAGUUUCCUGCUCAAGUACUUCAGCUGUCGGCAGAUGGUGAUCAGCGGAACGCUCCUGACCGUCGCCUCGUUCAUCAGCAGCGUGUUCUCCCCCACCGUCGACAUCCUCAUCCUCACGUACGGCUUCAUUGGAGGGAUUGGGAUGGGCAUGAUAUUCAUCCCUGCGAUCAUCAUCGUAGGUCUGUACUUCAACAAGAAGCGCGCAAUCGCCACUGGUAUCGCGACGAGCGGCGCGGGGGUCGGGGUGUUCGUGUACGGCUAUCUCUGCGACUACUUACUGGAGGAGUACGAUUGGCGGGGAACCAUCCUCAUCCUGUCAGGACUCCUGCUCAACUGCGUCGUCUGCGGGGUCGUCUUUCGCCCAGUCGUGGAGCAGAAACUGAAGCGGAGGCUUCGUUAUUUGAAAGAAAACGAGGCUCUAGGGGUACAGCAUAACUGCAAUUUAGGCAGUAGCGGCUCUCUCGAAAACGCGGACUUAGCAUUGCGGACAAACGGAGUGAUAACAUCUUUGGAAGAUUCGGAACUGCCUUUGAAAACAAAUGGAAUGACGAGACCGGAAGUACAAAAUGGGUUGAGUGGUGCUCCCGAGAAAAGGGACGAGCUGAUUUCGCAGUUUUUCACCAAGCAAUCGAGACUGUACAAAAGCGCGCAGCAUCUGCCGUACGCGGGCGACCAGGCCCUGGACGUGAGCCCACGUCUGCUGUCGACGUCGUGUCACGUAAUCCACGACCACGCCCAGCUCUUGGGUCAGUCAAACAUCGAGUCUAACACGGCCAUACAGCACAUCCGGCACGGCCUGUCACGUCCCAUGAUGCGGAAGGACAUCUACUACAGCGGUAGCGUGCAGCAGCUGCCUGACUACAAGCAGUGUGGCAACAUUACGUCAUUCUUAGCACGGAUGACGCGUGAGUCGAGUGAGGUGGAGACGGACACCACGGUGAGGCGGACGUCGCGAUCAUGCUGGGACGCGGUGAUCGACAAAACGAACAUCUGGCUGUUCAAGGAUCCAAUCUUCGUCCUGCUUAUCGUUGUCUUCGCCAUGUGGACAGGUCAGUGGUCAACGUGUCUACAGCACACCUCCGUCCUUUGGUCAUCUCUGGUCAUUUCGCACCCCUGUCCCUUUUCCUCACCUGAACAAGUGUCAUUAAACAGACAUCCCUGUCCUCUCCUCUGA